GAAAAUCUUGAAAAAAAUUCUGAAUGGAAUGCGUUCAACUCUUCUAUCAAUACUUCUGAUAUCAAGCUCCGUAACUGCUCAAAAUUUGGGCUUCACCGUCACGCUAACCGAGCAACCAUCAGAACUAGAUAAUUUCAAUCAAAAGUAUAUUGUUUUCUUUGUAAAUCUGGAAUGUGGAGCGGACAAUUGUGCAUAUCAGAUUACUAUCAACAAUUACGCCUGGAAUGUGUUCAAAGUUUUGAUUAAUAACAAGCAAUGCCUCGCCGAGAGCUGUGUAGAUUCUUUCGAGAGGGGCAACAAUGUCAAUGUGACUGUUCACAACGCGAUCAACGGAAACGUACUCCGAAUUUUUGAUUUGGAGUUCAAACAGGAUCCAAACGUGGUGCUUUUGGGAUGUGAGACGGGAUUUUUCAACGACGGGACAUGUACAAGAAUCACAGACACGGCCGAGGAUCAGUGGGACCAAGUGUGUUUCUGUGCAAAUUCACAGUCAUCCUAUUGCAGUGCAGAUCAAUCGAUUAAGGGAGAGUGUGCAUCUGGAACAGUGACGUGGUGGAAUGCGGCCACAGGCACUACUGAUAAAACCACAAGCGUCGCCGCCGGCGGCACUACAAAUACUCCAAAACCAUUCACGUUUCUAUUGGAAGAUGUGAAUAUUUCACUGAAAGAAGGAAAAACCAAGGGGGGAAGUACGAAAGAUGUGAUUUUGAGUGCACAUUUGAGCUGCGAGGGCGAGUCCUGCGAGUUUACAAGUACAAUCUCAAAUUAUGCACCUGAUUAUUACACUAUACACAUUGGAACUUUAGCAUGCCAGCUGGGAACCUGCUCGGGAAAUUUUGUCAAAGGCGAAAUUGUACCAAUUCUUGUGAGACGCGGCGACCAACACUUGAACAUGUUCUCCUAUCAAUGGAUAGACGAGAAGCCGGAAAUCUCGAUUCUCGGAUGUAACGCCGGCCUAUUGCUAUUUGACACGUGUCUGCGGACUGUUACAAAUCCAGUUAUAGACUUUGAGUAUUACGACGAUACAGUAUGCAGUUGUCAGGGGAAUCAGGUUACAUGUGACUAUCAGACACAGAUUGGAAAUUGUAUAGGAGGCACCCCUACAUGGUGGAUCGACGACACAACUUCCACCUCACUCGUCCCUGCUGUCCAUACUACAACAGCUUAUCCUGUCAGAGAUCCUAACGUUUUCGACGUGACUUUUUUGCUAUCUGAAGGAGUGAUUUAUGACGACCCCCACAAUGAUCAUAAUGUGACUAUCACUGCAUUCAUGAAUUGCACGACUACAACUACUUGUCAAUAUUCUAUCGCAGUUGUGGACUAUGCUCAAGUUUAUUACACUAUUUUGGUUAAUGGUGUGGAAUGCCCUGGCUCAGUAUGCUCUAGUACCUUUGCGCAAGGAGAAACAGUCCGAGUUACCGUAACCCGACUCGGAGAGCAAUUGGAUCUGUUCGACCUACAAAAUGACUAUAUGCCCAACAUAGUCGUGCUCGGUUGCUCUUUCGGAAUGGUUAACUUUGGGAUUUGUGAGAAAGCCAAUUACUAUGAUAAUAUAAUACAAAGGGAUGACAACGUUUGUAUCUGUCAGGGGACCAGUAUGAAAUGUGAUGCAGAUACGAGAACUGGUGGAUGCUCUGAUGGCUCACCAACUUGGUGGAAACCUAUAGACCCGAGAAACACCGCCUCGUCACCAUCUACCACCGAUGGAUAUUACCUAAUGACGUUCGACACAAACUUCUCCGAGAUAACAUUGGCUGGAACAAUAUAUCAAUUGUCUAUUAAUACUUAUCUACUUUGCAACGACAGAACUUGCACAUAUCAGUUAAAAGUUUCAAAUGAUAACUCGGAAUACUUUGGAGUUUAUGUGAACAACCAAAUUUGCCAGCAAACCUGUGAGUCCUCGUUCACAAAUCAAGAAGGUGCUCAUGUCUACAUACGGAAAAGUAACGAGAUUUUGGACUUGAUACAAUUGAAUUAUAAAUCUGUGACAAUGGUAUAUUGCGAUGAUGGGUGGCUUGAGCCGGGAAAGUGCAUUAAAACUUCAAACGAUAUGGAUACACUUUGUACGUGCCAGGGGACAAAUGUGACGUGUAAUCAAAUUUCGAUGCUUUCCCCAUGUUCAUUCGGAAAUCCGAUAUGGUGGCAACCGAUCGGCCUCCCAACAAUCACUACAGCCUCCCCAAUCAUCGAAACAGACGUUGAAAUGACCUUCACCGAAGAGCUCACAAAUCAGAACGCACAUAACGACAACUUCACAGUCUCCACUAAAAUGAGCUGCCAACGUACAAUCUGUCAUUACGAAGUGCUGACCUACACUGGAAGCCCAGAUUACUUCACGUUUCAAAUGAACGGAGAUCCUUGCAUCAAUUCUUGUAAGGGUGUGCUGAAUCGGGGAGAGCUGGACGAUAUGCUGACUGUUCAUCGAUUAGGACAGCAUUUGAAUUUGAUAGAAUUUCAGUUCAGUGAUACACCGAAGUUAAUUAUGGUGGGAUGCGAAGUUAUGCAUAAGAUCGGCAGCGCAGAUGACUCGACGUGUCUUCAAUAUCCAACGAAUUCAAAUGUGGGGCAGACUUAUUUCAACGAUAAUUUGUGUGUUUGCAAAGGAAAUGCAAAUCUUUGUGACGACAAUGUGCCACAAGGAAUAUGCACUUUGGGCUCCCUAAUCUGGUGGCAAGAUGACGAAGCGAACUCCACGUCCACCGUAAACUCAACUACCAUAACUUCAACUACCAUAACCUCAACUACCGUAACCACAAGCUCACCAUCGACAUCUACAGUAACCACCACCACACCACCGUCUACUACUACCCAAGACGAUGUUAGAAAUCACUUCCUAUUCGACAUAUCAUUGGUAGAGGGGAAGAAUAAUUCCAUGAAGGAAGUAAAAUUCACAUCAAUUAUGACAUGCUCCCCGGAGGAAUGUGAAUAUUCGAUUAAAGUGGACAAUUCUGCGCAGAGUUAUUUCGAUGUGAUGGUGGGGAAUUUAAAAUGCAAAAACAAAAAAUGCGAUGGCUCAUUCAUGAAGGGACAAUCCAUAAACGUCACAAUCUACCGCGGGGAGCAAGUCCUCGAUCUUUUCGAUUUCGAGUACACUGAUAUACCAAGAAUCGUGGUUCUCGGUUGCGAAGAUGGUCUAUCAGAAUAUCACGACUGUAUCAGUACUACCACAGCUCUAGAUCAAGACCUAAUCGAUUCAGUCUGCAGUUGUAGAAGUGCAAGGUUAAACUGUACGGGAGCAAGCGAUGGGGUUUGUCGCCAGGGAUCUCAGAAAUGGUGGAAGGAACUGGAUGAGACUACGAUACCAACAACCCAGACAACGUCUACACCGGUACCCACUACAAGUUUCCCUUCUCUGAAGGACAUUUCAGAUACCGGAGUUGGCUUAAACAACGUCACUCGAGUGCUCAACGAGACCUAUCACUACUCCAGUGAAGGUGAAAACCUGAAUCGGACUCAAAUUCGGGACAUAACAAAGAUUCUACACAACUCUGCAAAUCUAGCCGGAAUUUCUGCGGAGAACGCCCAGCAAAUCCUUGCAAACAUGGAUCAAGUUCUCAAUGCUCAUCGAAGAGAGAUACGAAAUGGGCAGUCAAAGGAUUAUAGGCUCUUGGCAUUGCUGAGGCCAAUGGUGAUGAACACAAAAGAUCAUUUCGUACAAUAUUUAAAUGGGAGGAAUUUGGGAUUCAAUGCGAAAAAAGUUGACUGUAAGAGCAUAACCACAGAUGACGGCCUAAUUGACUAUGGCCCGGAUUUUGGUUUUGCCCCGCUCAACGACACUAACCGAUUGACUGCAACCAAGGAAAACUCGAUCAUAGUCCCGUUGGAUCAGGUUUGCAGUGGCAGUGGGGAGCAAGUUUCUCAUGUGUUUUUCACGAUCUACCGACACCAGAAGCUGUUCAGUGGACCGCAAAAGUAUCGAAACUAUGGCUCGAGUAGUGAGGAGGAUGAUGAGGAGGAAGAUGAUCCAGCAAUGGAAGAAGCUGGAGCAAGGUACAAAAGAGAUACUGGGAAUAAUAACACUGAUGAUAUAGGUCAAAUUCCGGCUCCAUCAAAAUGCUCAGAGCAGAUCUCGAUUCCUUUUGGCACCCCGGUGCUCUCUGCGUCAAUCAUUGGUGGGGAUCAAGGUGCAUUUAUUAGCAGAAUGAGCAAACUAGUUGGAGCUGCACCCGUGAUGGCUAAGCUGCAGUUUAAUGUUGGACAGAUGUCAAGACCGUUGCACGGCAACACCAUCGUCUCCUGGUUCAACACAGGGACUCAGGAAUGGGAACUCCAGCAGAAAUGUGACACGGAAGUUGGCUCGGAUGGGAUAGUCACCGCCUCCUGCGAGCAUUUAACUGACUUUUCAGUUUUGGUUUAUUCACAACCGAAUGCCGAAUACGUCUGCAGUAUGCCACUGACUAUAAUUGGGUACUCUGUCAAUGGAGCUUCCAUAGUUUGUCUGUUGUUACUGAUUCUAAUCGGAUUGAUGUUUUACAUCCGCGGGGAACUGGUAAGACGCGUUUUGAUCUACAUUCGCGGGCAGGCGCCGACAACUGGCGACGUUGUCAAUCUGGCAUAUUACUGUGUUUUCUUUUUGUUCUUCAUACUAUCCCUAUUCUUUAUGGAUCAAUCAGGAGGCGAUGACAGAUCAAUGGGGACUUCUACAUAUUGCGUUGUGAUUGCUGCAAUGUCCUAUUUUUCGUUGAUAAGUGCAAUAAUGAUGAGCAUGCUGAUUGGCCUCCGCAUGGUUUGCCACUUCUUUUCUCCAAAACUUCGUUUAUUCUUCGGAGUCAUGACUUCCCCGCCAGCUGCUUUAAGCAUCGGACUAAUCGUUCCAUUCACUUUUACCCUUAUACUAGCCCUAGUGGACACCUCAUUCUUCAAACGAGACGACUGUUUCUGUUGGGUACGUCCCGACUACAUAGUCUAUGCCGUUGUGAUACCAGUUGUGUUGCCGAUCAUCAAUGGUGUUAUUUGCUCAAGUUUCGCAAUCUAUAAAAUGUUCUUCCAAGCGAAGCGGGGAUUGGCGAGUAAGGAGACUUCACAUUAUGAUGCAGAGUUUUGGUCGAAAGUUAUGGGUCUGAUUAUCAUGCAAGUAGCUAUGGGAUUACCUUGGGGAAUCGAGUUCAUUCUAAUCGGUGUUGCGGGUCCAAGUCCAUGGAAUUAUAUAUUUGUUUUACUACUGGGUACUCAGGGAAUCGACCUAUUCCUAAUAUUCCUAUAUCGACGACAACGACUACGAAAUGAGUCGAGAAAAUGGAGUUCUCGAGAGGAAAAAUGGGAAACUAAACGGUCACGGGCGGCUGAAGCUGAUGAAGAUUGAAACAAUUAAUUUGGAAAUUCAAACAACUUUCAGGGAAUUAACAUUAUCGCUGCCAUAAAAACAACCUCCUCUUAUCAAUUGUACCCUAACAAUUUCAGCUUUAAGUACUUUGAUCUCUACUUUUUUAUUUGAAAUUUGUUAUAGAUAGCAUGUGAUUUGUAGCUGAAAGUUUCAAAAAUAAAGUUUGAAAACUUGAACUUAAAU